AUCCAUGCAACCUCCUCACAGAUCAUAAGCUGCCAUGCAAACUCUUAGUCUAUUACAAUAAGCUUCCACAACGACACAUGGCCACAACAACUUUGUCUCUAUCUAACCCCUUUGCCCUUUAACACCCGCAAAACGUUCAUUCUUGCAUUUUACUUGAAAAUUUCUCUGUCAAAUUUGUGAAACAAAAUGUCUUGUUUUUCCGCCACCUUUCUCCUUCAUCUUCUUCUUCUGGCUAAUUUUGUUUCUUGCGGGAGAGAGCUCGAGGUGGUGGAAAUGGCGAGAGAAGGAAUGCUGCAUGCAGUGGCUCGGGCUCGGGGAUUCAGGACUCUUGACGGGCCGAGCCAAGAAUCGGGCUUCCCUGAUGGGGCUGUUGGUGAUUGCGUUAAGCUGUAUGAAGAGGUUGAGCCGAGGCUGGCCCGGUUGGUCUCCGGCGAGAGGAAGCGGUGCAGUAAUGAUGAUGCUAUGACUUGGCUGAGUGCUGCCUUGGCUAGCCAUGGCACUUGCUUGGAUGGGUUGGGAGAAAAGGGAUGGCUGUUUGAAGCCCGACAGGCCCGAAAUUUGACAUGGGUGAUUCGGGAGGCUUUAGCUGUUUAUCGGGGCAGAAGGAAUCCUAGGGGGAAAAGAAAGGCAUUGACGGGAAAUUCGGGGCAGGGGAUUAAUUUAGCAACAUGGAACGCAGCAACCUCAAAGGCUGACAUUGUGGUUGCUCAAGAUGGGUCAGGGAACUAUAGGACGAUCAACGAAGCCGUAGCUGCACUUGGUCGAUUGGGUGGUAAUCGGCCUGAACGGGCUGUAGUGUACGUGAAAUCAGGUGUGUAUAAAGAGAAAGUGGAGAUUGGAAGAGACUUGAAGAACGUUAUGUUUGUUGGCGAUGGCAUAGACAAAACCGUAGUCACAGGCAGUCAAAAUGUCCAGGAUGGUGCAACCACUUUUAAUUCGGCCACAUUCGGUGUAUCUGGCGAUGGCUUUUGGGCACGGGAUAUGACAUUUGAGAACACAGCAGGGCCUCAAAAGCAUCAGGCCGUGGCACUAAGAGUAAGCUCUGACCUAUCAGUCUUCUACCGGUGCAGCUUCAAGGGCUACCAAGACACUCUCCUACUCCACUCCCUACGGCAAUUUUACCGGGACUGCCAAGUACACGGCACGGUCGACUUCAUCUUUGGCGACGCGGCUGCAGUUCUCCAAAACUGCGACAUAGUCGUCCGGAGGCCGAUGCCUCACCAAUCCAACAUGAUAACUGCACAGGGACGAGACGAUCCCAACGAGAACACGGGCAUUUCGAUCAUGAACUCUCGGGUACUGCCUGCAUUCGACUUUCGUGACGUGAAGGGCAGGUUCAGGAGUUAUUUAGGGCGGCCGUGGAAGAAGUACUCUAGGACGGUGGUCUUGCAGACGGAUUUGGAUGGGUUGGUUGAUGGAAAGGGGUGGAAGGAAUGGAGUGGGGAUUUCGCGCUUUCGACUCUGUAUUAUGCAGAGUAUAUGAACACGGGGGCUGGGGCGUCGACCGCGGACAGAGUGAAAUGGCCUGGUUUUCACGUGCUGCGUGAUCGGCAGGAGGCUGAGCAGUUUAGUGUGAGGAAUUUCAUCGGCGGGGAGUCGUGGAUUCCGGCCACCGGUGUGCCGUUCUCUUCUGCGGUGUGAUUGCGUCUGUUCUCAGUUGGAGUGCUUUGUUAGGAGAAGCGAAGUAAUAUGUAAUACACGUUAUUUGUAUUUCCUAUUUCUUUUGGUUUUUAUGAGAUAAGAUAAGUUGUAGGAAAUACAACUAUGUUUUCCCUGAAAAACACUAAAAGAAGACAACUACUACUGCUGCGUUUGUGU